AACUGCAGUAUAUAUAAUUUUGUGAAUCGCUGUGUCAUAAUUAUUGUCUGCGCAUUGCGCAUGUCAAAUUGAAAUCAUUAUGCAACAACUGCAUGCCGUAACUGCAUGCAUGCAGUUUUGCUACAAGCAUGACAACUUAACCUUGUAACUUAGUUUUCCGGAUUAAUUACAUAAUGUAUCAUAAUGCUAACAAACUUUAUGUUACAAUGACUUAAAAAGAACGAAAUAGAAAUAUUGAUGUCAUAAACGCAUAACGGCAUUAGAACUUUUAUAUUUAGAACAAAAUAAAUUAAAUCGGAACAAAUUGAGGUUAUAUAGGAUUCAUGAAUAUCAUUUAUGACUGAUAGAAAGCUCGAAUAAUGAUAACAGUGUGGUGGUGUCAACACUUAUUUCGUACUGGAAAAUGUUUAACAUCUUAUAUUCAAUCUAGUCAAAGCAGAUGUGUCAUUAAUCAAUUAUAUUCAUGCAAUAAAAUUCAUGUUUCAUCUUUUACACAGGAGAAACAGAAUGCCGAAAAUUAUAAAAUAUCCACGCAAAACGUGCUAAAGCCUGUUAAACUUUUAUUAGAUGAAAAAGAUGAAACAACACACUUAAAAGCAGCAAAUGUACAGUCACAACAGAAAAAUGCGACAUUUGCUGCAAAAAUAAUUAAUAAUUCUCCACCUCAAAUACGACCAUACUUGAAGUUAAUAAGAAUGGAUAAACCAAUAGGAUCUUGGCUAUUGUUCUGGCCCUGUGGUUGGAGUAUAGCCAUGGCAGCACCACCAGGUGCACUACCAGAUCUACAACUUCUAGCUCUUUUUGGAGCAGGUGCAUUCAUUAUGCGUGGUGCAGGAUGCGUCAUAAAUGAUAUGUGGGAUCAAGAUAUUGAUGGAAUGGUAACUAGAACAAAAGAUAGACCAUUGGUUACUGGAGAAAUUUCACCUCUACAAUCACUGAUUUUUCUUGGAAGCCAAUUAACUUUGGGAUUACUUGUAUUGUUACAACUCAAUUUAUAUAGUAUUAUAUUGGGUGCAAGUUCACUAGUUUUAGUAAUAUUAUACCCUGUCAUGAAAAGAGUAACCUAUUGGCCACAAUUAAUACUGGGAAUGACUUUUAAUUGGGGUGCUCUUUUGGGUUGGUCUGCUGUGUACGGAUCAUGCGAUUGGCUUAUAUGUUUACCUCUUUAUAUCUCUGGAGUUUGUUGGACACUUUUAUAUGAUACUAUAUAUGCACACCAGGAUAAAAUGGAUGACAUUAUAAUAGGCAUAAAGUCAACAGCUUUAAAGUUUGGCAACAAGACAAAAACUUACUUAAGUGGCUUUAGUGCUGUCAUGAUUACAGGUUUAAUUUUAUCAGGUGUAUUAGUUUCUCAAACUUGGCCAUAUUAUACAGCUGUAGGAUUAGUUGGUACUCAUCUUACUAAUCAGAUUUAUAAUUUAAAUAUUAAUAAUCCUGCAGACUGUGCUAAAAGAUUCAUCUCCAAUCACAGAAUAGGAAUGAUUCUAUUUGCAGGAAUCGUUUUAGGAAAUUUCUUGAAGGAUUCUGAGCAUAAAAAGGAUGCCAGUGUUGCCCAGAAAUUGCGCAAAGAAUCUACUACUACUGAACAACAGCAGCAUUAGUUGCAGUAUUUCAAUGAAUAAUAACUGUAACUUUAUGAUUAUCUGUAUAACAGUAUACAUGAUAAGCAAGAGAAAGAUGUAAAUGACUGGCAGGUUCCAGUGAAUUACGAAACUUAGUUCCAAUCGUGUGCCAUUAAAUAAUUUCAGUUUUUAAUUUUGUACAGUACCGCUAUCGAAAUUGUGAGAACUAUAGGUCGCACCUUGAAAAAUUGUAAGUAGACAGUUUUCAUUUACAAUAACUUUACAAAGGUACACCAAAGAUUACACCAUUGUAUAUAACGAUUAAGUUUACAAUUUUAAACUUAAAGUAUUGAUCAUAACAAAAAAGAAUAGUACAAAGCAACACAUUUUCUGUUAUUUCAAUGUUUGUUCUGAUUUUGAAAUAAACAAACAUUUAUUAAAAAUUAUAUGAAAAAUACAUAGCAAAUGAUUAACAUUUUUGUACUGUAUCAAGAUUUUCACUACACCUCAUUGGACUAUCAUUAUUUAUUAUCUCUGAUUCACUGUUUAACAAACUAUUUGUACAUAUUUUAGACAUUUCCAAAUGGUUAGCAGCAUUUUGACACUCUAACAUUUUCAAGUUAUAUUGUUCUUGAGUUAAUAAGGAUUCCUUCAUUUUAUCCAAAAGUUUUAUAUUUGGAAGCACUAUAGCUAAGUAUCCUCCUUUGUGUGGAGGUUCCAAUAAAAGUUUUGGAUUGUUUAAUAAUGCUUCAUUUACUUCCACCAAUUUUCCAAUUAUACAACAUUUUAUUUUAUAUGUUUGUCCAUUUGAACAAGUAAUUAUACAAAUGUUGGAAUUAGUUUGCAGAGGUUGUGCACCAUGCUUACUUUUACCUGACACUUUAUUUAAAACUCUAUCUAGUUUAUCACUAACUUUAAAGUCUAUUUUUGUUAUUUGUGUGUCACUUCUAAAAACUACAUGACUUGGAGCCAGAGUAAGCAUACAAAUACGAUUACUAUGCAUUAAAAUACAAAUAUCAUCUCCAAGACAUUGUACAUUUAAUUUAUAGUAGGGAGUAAAAUAUCUAUCUGUAAUUGUAGGAAAAGAUCCAUCAUAUUUUACUCCUUGUAACAUGUCUGUAAUAUCAUCAUCUGGAGGAAAUGGGAAUAGACUAUCAUCCUCAUCAUUAUCUAAUAAUGCUGUUCCUUCAUCCUCAUUGUCUGUUAAAUUUGCAUUUUCUUGACAUCCAGAACUCUUAUCUAUAUUAUUUUCUUCUAAAAUGUCUGUCACAUUACAUGAAACUUUAUCUAUGUCAUCAGAAGAUUUUGCCCUUUUUGUAACUGGUUCAUUGUUGUCUGAUAGAACAUUCAUUGUUAACUAAAAAAAAUGUUAUUAUUGACAAAUUUAAAUACAAUGAAGAUUUAUUUCUGGUUACUGAAUACUUAUUCACAAUGGCUCUUACAUUGUUGUUUUAUAUAUCAGCAUUUGUUUCUCAAUAUAAUUUUACAAUUGUAAUUAAUAAAAUCAACACUGCAAUAAGGAAACAAUAAAUUUGUAGGUUGAGUUCACGUUUACUUGGAAGCAUGUAUGAUGUAUACAAAAUACUUAAUAUAUAUAUAUGUAUAUGUAAUUGGACAAUAUAAAGUAAUUAUAAGAAUA